UAUAUCCAAAUCUGCAUCAGAUAAUGAAGCACUGGAUAUGAGGAAGACAAAGCACAGAACAGAAACCAAAGGAGGGAAAGGAGCUCAUCAUUCUGGCACAAAGAAAAAGGAGAAACCGCCUUCAAGCCAGAGUGUCCAUGUCAAAGGAGUGGUGACAUUGUCUAAACCUCUGGUCAAAAGAAGCCAAAAGACUGGAAAGAAACCAGGUGGAAAUAACAGGAAAGAGGUGUCAAAGAAAAGUCACAGUUCCACAGGCACUAUGAGCCCACCCAUGCGGCCCCACUAUAUGGACGUGGCAUACAGAUCAGACAGAAGGCCCUACUAUGGCAAGUCGUCCACACUCCUCACCCUGGAGAACACGACGCGGGGUCACUGCACAGACAUGGCCAUCUUACCUGGUGGAGCAACACCCAGCCAUACCCACCAUCCACGCUGGAGCAACCCAGGUGAAAUCAGUCCUGCCUGGGCGGCCAUCCAGCACACCUGUCGCAGGUCACUCACAGAGUAUUGUGUGUACUCCCAUGACUUCAGCACACCCAGUGGGAAAGAAUGGGACAGAAAACUGCAGCAAACAACAGUACAGGAUAACAUCUUGAAGUGUGACUGUAAACCCCAGAUUCUCCCAAAAGUGCCACGAUCGAUCACUGCUGUGGCUCUGUUGGAAUCAAAUGUGAGAUUUUUGCUAAUGUUUAUUAUUCUCAAAUGUUUAGUUAUUCCAGGAAUAAGGUGCUGGAUAUACACUCUCACUUUAUGUUGUAACAGCUCUGUGCUAAACUUUUGUCUCAUCUUCACUUAA